GACUGGAAGAGUCACCUGAUGCAGGCUGCAGCUGGAGCUGGCCGGUCAGGUGAUGAGGGCGCAUUUUGACGCUCUCUCGAACCUCGCCUUCCCCCUCCUUCUUCAAGGCAUCCCCAUCUCUAUAUUCACCUCGGACACGCUGCAACGCUGCAACGCUGCACCGCCGAAAGUUUCGAAUGUCCACCCAACGUGGUGUCGUGCUUUUCUCCGGGAGUCCAGGCGCUGUUUUCCUUGUCCCUAUCCAGCGGGUUCGAUUCGCUGCUCAGACUAACAAGAUCGCCGUCUCUACAGACUACUCCGACGAAUUUUCCGACUUCCCGUCAUGGCAAUGGUAUAUUGACUAUAUAUCAUAAUUCUAAACGAUUAUCACGGCGAC